AUGAUCAACCUGAAGGUGAACGAUGGUGGACAGCUUGUCAGAAGAACUCUGAAAGUCAGGAAGCCUCGAUUUGAUGCAUCCUUGGUUUAUUUGACCCGAAAAUUCAUGGAUCUUGUCAAAACAGCUCCAGACGGUGUCCUUGAUUUAAAUGAAGUAGCAAGAACACUUGGAGUACGAAAACGAAGAGUGUAUGACAUCACCAAUGUGUUGGAUGGAAUCCACUUAAUUCAGAAAAGAUCUAAGAAUCUUAUCCAGUGGGUAGGUUCUAAUCUUGACCAAGUUGUUGGAAAAGCACCAGAGCAGCAAACCCUUAAAGAUGAACUUUCUGACUUGUCAGCUAUGGAAGAAGCUCUGGAUGAUUUAAUCAAGGAUUGUGCUCAUCAGUUAUUUGAACUAACAGAUGACAAAGAAAAUGCAAAACUAGCUUACGUGACAUAUCAGGAUAUCCGUAGCAUUCAGACAUUUCAAGAACAGAUUGUGAUUGCAAUCAAAGCUCCAGAGGAAACCAAGUUGGAAAUACCAAUUCCUAAAGAAGACUGCGUAGCAGUACAUGUGAAGAGCACAAAAGGACCCAUUGAUGUGUAUCUGUGUGAGGUGGAACCAGAGAAGCCAGGUGCCAAAACUUUUGAAGAUACGGAUACAGUCACUCCUGAAACUGAGCCUGCAGAUCCUCCUGAUGAAGUGAGAUCUCCGCGGGAAGAAAAGAAACCACCUGAGUUGACAGAUUAG